AUGUGUUACAUUGGAAAAGCAACAAAGAUCUUCAUCUUCCUCAUUACAGUUCUAGUUAUCACUGGCCUCGUUUUGGGAUUCAGCGUCCUCCGCCGUAGCCUUCAUCUCAAAUCACAUAAAUGCUCCGGAGAAUCAUGCUCCCAGUCUGAUUUCUAUCCUCCACCGCCGCUGGAGUUUCCUCUUCCGUCCACCCCUGAUCCGAAUGCCUCUAAUUCUUCCGAUCCACUAUCCAAUCCCCCUCCGCCUCCAACUCCUUCGUUGUCUGGAUCAGGUACGAAUCCAUCUCCGCCACCUCCCGCCGCGUCUCUUGCAUCACCGCCAUCUGAAUCAAGUUCUAUUCAAACUGCAUCCCCACCUCCUCCUCCAGUCUCUGUACUUAAGACGUCUCCGCCGCCGCCUCGGCCUGUUGUUCUAGCUCCUCCACCGGCUUUUAGUCCGCCGAGCCCUGUUCCGGUCAAUAAUUUGUAG